UUAGUAUUCGUUUUUGUGGAUACGAGACUACAGGCAGAGGCGCGAAGUUCAGAACCAAGAUACGAAACAGCGUAUGCUUGCGAAGGGAAGACCCUCAAGAUCGGCUGCAGUGAGGGUUCAGUCAUUCACCUCAUCAGGGCGAACUACGGCAGGUUCUCCAUAACGAUCUGCAACGACCACGGCAACACAGACUGGAGUGUCAACUGCAUGAGCACGAGGAGUUUACGGGUUUUACACAGCAGAUGUAGCAUGCACCAAAACUGCAGUAUAUUAGCCAGUACAAACAUGUUCGGUGACCCUUGUCCGAACACGCUUAAAUAUUUAGAAGCGCACUACCAGUGUGUACCAGCUUCAACAACUAGUACAACAACAAGGCCUUCACCGCCCUGGCUAAUAACCUCCCAGCCGACUGUCUGGAGAUCCACCGCACCGCCGAUACCGAAAAGUCCAGUGCUGACGCAACAGGAGAAGAAAAAGCCAACUGUGAUCACGCCUCCUACAUUCCGACCUCAUAUCACUUUGCCACCCGAAGUACAGCUAGGAAAUAUUGGCACUAAGAAAACAACAACUCGACAACCAGAUUCAUCAUCCGAAAAGGAACCACCACAAAGCACUUUAGAUAAAGUACCAGAAAUCAAAGAUGAAACACCAAAAGCCGCUGAGCCAGAACCUCCUAAGAUGGACAAACCCAAAGAAAAAGAAGAAGAAGCAUCUGCUGUUACUGAUGAAACUCUACUUCACUGGGUUCCUAAAGAUGAAGAUUCAGAUCCAACGUCACCGGUCCAUAUGCUUCCUAAAGAAAACAGGCCAGAUCCUGAUGUUACAGAUGAUUUCGAUAAGUCAUUUUCAACAAGUGCGACACCUUCAUUAGGCAGAAGAGCCUACUGUCCUCAAAUCAAUGCUCGGGGUCUCCACUGGAACUGGACUUUGGCAGGAACUUACGCUGUCCAACCUUGCCCAGGUGGUGCUACUGGUUUGGCCAGAUGGAAAUGUACUCUAACAAACCAUCAACAUGCGGAAGAAGAACGUCCUAGACGUCGAAGUUCAGGUCUACAGUCUGGUGAAAACUUUUACGAUCUUGGUUUGGAUCAACCCAAUGACAGACAAAUGCAACUAAUUAGAAGGAUAGGAUCAGAAGCUUUACUAAAAGGUCGUGAUGGGGAUUCUCCUGAACAUGUCAUUGACUACCGUGGUACCGCGAGUAUGGCAGAUACACAAGUAAACAAUCUCAUUACCAAUGCAGACAUGAUAUACUCGGAUUCGACUCCUGAAUGGCAUGGUGCUACUCCAGACCUUAGUGAAUGUAGAUCAGUGUGGCUUAAUAGUUUAGAAGCGAGGGUCCGAGAAGGGGAAUCCUUGCUCAGUAUCAGCAACGAUUUAGCACAGGUUACAUCAUCAAAGACCCUGUACGGUGGUGAUAUGAUGACAACUACUAGCAUUAUGAAGAAACUAGCGCAGAGGAUGUCACAAAAUAUUCAAACAACCGACCCGAAUCUAGACCCGAGGCAGAAGGAAGCAAUCGUCACUGAUAUGCUACUUGGUGUUAUUAAGACUGGCUCUAAUCUACUUGAAGAAAGUCAACGUGCGUCUUGGUCCGAUUUAAGCGCAGAUGCUCAAAACCGAGUCGCGAGCGCCCUUUUAACUCAAUUAGAAGAAAAUGCCUUUUUAUUAGCCGACGCUGUUACUAAGGAAAAGACGUUUUUGCAGAUCGUCAAAAACAUCUGUCUUUCUGUGCGAGUUCUUGAUAUAAAGAACGUCGAAGAUGAAACUUUUCCGUCAGUGAUAGCGCAGGAACAGUGGAAAGCCUCUGAGGAUACCAUCACUAUACCAAAAGCAGCGUUACUAGAAAAUCAUUCAGUUGAUCUCGUGCGGAUAGUCUUCUUCGCUUUUGAUCGUUUGGAAGAAAUACUUCCGCCGACAUUUGGAAAGAACCCUGAGUUUGCUGCCUAUACCACCGAUUCUGGAACAUCAACUAGUAUCAACUCUGAAAAAGAAAAGAAAAACGUCACACGAGUUCUAAAUUCCAAGGUUAUUUCAGCAAGUCUUGGAAAUGGCAGACACAUACAAUUAUCUCAAAUGGUGCAUCUUACUAUGAAACAUUUAAAGACUGAAAAUGUUACCAACCCAGCGUGUGUUUUCUGGGAUUAUACAUUGCAUGGCUGGUCACCAGAAGGUUGCCAAGUUGAGUGGUCAAAUCUAACUCACACGGGUUGCGCGUGUUCCCACCUCACUAACUUCGCCAUACUAAUGGACGUACACGGCGUGUCUAUCGGCGCAACCCACGAGAUGGCGUUACGUUGGCUGACUAUGAUUGGCUGUGCGAUAUCCGCGGUUGCGCUACUGGCAUCCAUUCUUGUUUUCCAGUGCUUUAGGAAUAUGAAGUCGGAUCGCGUUCUCAUACACAAGAACUUGUGCGUGUGCUUGUUAAUCGCAGAAAUCAUAUUCAUGGCUGGAAUCGAUAAAACCCAGAACCAAAUCAUGUGCGGUGUCGUCGCUGGUCUGUUGCACUACUUCUUCUUGGCUGCCUUCGCUUGGAUGUUUUUAGAAGGGUUCCAGCUGUACGCGAUGCUGAAGGAGGUGUUCGAGCCGGAGCGGCCGCGCGCGCGCUGGUACUGCGCCGGCGCGUACGCGGCGCCCGCGCUGCUGGUGCUGGCGUCCGCCGCCGCCUUCCCCGCCGGCUACGGCACCGCGCGCCACUGCUGGCUCACCACCGACCACCUGUUCGUGCUCACCUUCGUGGUGCCCGCCGCCGUCGUGCUGGGGUUCAAUUGGGUAUUUUUGAGUAUGGUGAUCUACAUGAUGUGCCGCCACUCAACUGUUUCUAUCAAGGCGAAGGAAAAUAAUAAACUGUACAAAAUAAGAGUAUGGCUCAACAGUUCUGUCGUGCUAGCCGUUUUACUGGGGCUUACGUGGACUUUCGGUCUUUUGUACUUGAACGAGCAGUCGGUGGGCGUGGCCUAUGCGUUCACCAUUUUAAACUCGCUGCAAGGACUCUUCAUAUUCAUAUUUCACUGUUUGCGAAAUGAAAUCUUCCAGAAGGAGGCGCGGCGCCUGUGCGCGCGCCACCCCUGGCUGGCGUGCUGCGCGCCCGCCGCGCCCGCCGACACGCGCCAGGGCUCCGUCAAGAGCCGCCGCUACCAGCACGAGCCCGACGACGUCGUCGACCCGAGAGACGUCACGAGUUACAACUUACAACCUGAGGCGUCGCGGUGGAACCUGCGUCCGACCGCGCCUAUAUACGUACCGAACGAAGACUCGAGGAUCGCUCGGGCGCCCACACCUCAAAACAUACCUCAUAGCUCAUCUCAUUCGCAUAGCAUCGCCUCGAUGCAUAGCUACAGAAACAAUAUCGAAGUACCGAACGAUUACCAGAAUGUUCGGUCGCGGUCGCCAUCUUGUUACUCGAACAAAAUGGCGGCUUCGAUUGGCGCGAACGAGUGGACGCUCAUGCCGAACACGGGCAAUGUUUGGAAGAACACUUCUUCUAAACAUCAUCCAGUCAACGCUUCGACGCUACCCCAUCACGACACUCUAUCGCGACAGAUGGCUCAACAAAGUCACAUUCACAAUCCCUUCCCUGAAUGUGAUGGUCAACUUGCUCCCGGUUCUCCAAGGCAAGUGAUAAAGGACGAGGAAAGUCCCCUACAUCACUCGCAGGGAUACCAGACUACUAGAAGCUACAACCACGACUUCAGGAACCCACACGUCUUUAUGUCUCAACAGUCCCCUGGCAGCCAGGAAAUGAUCUUUCGCAAGCACUACAAGGAAGAGAAUCGACGCAAACACCACCACCACCACGGCAGCCAGAAUGUGAAUCACACGUACUCAGAAAUCGCUUCCCAACAAGGAAGGAUAUACAGGCGGGGGUCCGAAGAAUUUAGAGUGAUCCAGGACGAUCCUGUUUAUGAAGAAAUUGAACGGAACGAGACGCUGAUGUCAGAUAUGUCCGACGACAAUUCAGGUCCAGACAACUGCAGACAAAAUCCCGGUCACCACGGAUCGACUAGCUCCAAAUUUUUCGGAGAUCAUCGACCUCUGAUCUCUUACAGCCCGGGAGAUAGACAUCACCACGAACAAGAGCAUUAUGGGAAAUAUGGAAAAUGGGAAACCUUGGAAAGGCCUUAUGACCCGAGGCACGCGUACGAAAGCGGCAGAUUAAUGCAUCCAUAUCAUCAGCCUCAGGAAAAUAACAUGAGGGCAUUGGCAGCAGUUCUCAAUGGCGAGAAUAACGUCGUGUGCCACUUGGAGCCCCACAAUUCCUAUGAUGUGUACCAGCCCCAGGCUGGAAACCCUAGGACUGUAUCGCAACCCAGUUUCUAA